ACUACCGUUUAACUCCAGCGAAGAAGAAGAAGAGGCCUCCGCUGUGCAGAGCAUCUGAAAUGGCUCGUCUAUUACACUCAGAAAUCGUUAUUUUCACUGUUUUGUUUGCCUUAAACACGGAUUUUGUUUGUUGUAAUACCGGUCGAAGAGUUGGCGAUGUUAUGGACACUGAAUUAAGUGGUUUCUCCGUGCCCCUUGAGCACUCAUUUGAAGUCGAUGAUGUAGCAAAGUUUCGUGUGCGUGGAGCGCUGGUGUUGAAAGCUGGCAGGGAGCACAGCCUCUCACUCAGUCAGAACCAGCUUUCUGAAGAAGACAGGGUCAAACUGAAGGAAGUGGCUGCAGUGGACGGUCUGUACAGAAUCAGAGUUCCUCGUGUUUUCCUGCAGGCAGACCGACAGACAGAGCGCCAGAUGGAGGGAUACCUCACAGCAUUUGUCAGAGCUUGUGCCAUGGUUGAGUCCCAUCUGAGCGACGUCAUCAACAUCCACACUGACGUGUCUGGGUACCUAAUUGGCAUCUCCAUAGUGACAAUACCUGGAGCCUGCAGGGGCACCGAGGUCGAGGAUGAAGUUGAUCUUGAGAUUUUCAACACCACACUCAGCAUAAUGGCUCCUGUUAAUGCACCAGGGCCCGAGACAGCUCUGUUCCUUGAACGAAUGGAUCUGGAAACUGCGAAGAAAGAAAAGAAUCCACAGGAGCAGAAAUCGUUCUUUGCUAAAUAUUGGUAUUUGAUUCUGGGUGGUGCAAUCUUCCUCAUGGUCACCAAUUCAGCACAGCCCCCAGCAGGGGGAGGAAGAGAGCAGAGCUGAUUCCCACAGAAUGGAUGUACAUCGUGCCGCUUGUUCUCUUCCUGAUGAUGUCAGGCGCUCAGGACCAAUCAGGCGGAGGAGCCGGGGGUGGGGCAGCUAAUGGAGGUGGCAGAUGAUGGACUGGACAACAGUUUCUUUAUUGUACUCAACAUUUUCUGAAGAAUAACUGGCUUUAGACAGAUUAACAUUGCUGUACAGAAUUCUGUUUAAGGAGGAUUAAUACACAAACACAAGUUAAACCAUAGGUGACUGCAUUUUUAAUACUGAUGUGAAAAUAAAGUAUUUAUUACUUGACACUGAU